AUGUCUUACAGCUAUAUUAGAGGUUUUAUUAUUAUAACAACGGCGGUUUUCAUCGCGUUUCGAUCAAUCAAUUCAAACUCGAAGCCAUCGAGAAUUCAGUUUGCCGCGAAUGAUGGCGAAAUGAAUUGCGGCGAUCGCAUGAAUAAAUCGAUGCGCGAAAUAUUUUUGAUGAAGCACAAUGAAUUGCGUCGUCGUGUCGCGCUCGGCUUGUACCCAAACGGAAAUUCGGGCGGCUUUUUGCCGACCGCUUCGAAAAUGCCGAAAUUGAAAGGGAUAGAAGAGAUGGGCGCCGAGAUUUCGGUGCACGGCAUACAAUCAUUGGAAAUGGACGCGUUCGAACGCCGCAUCGGACACGCCACUCAGAUGAUGUGGGAGGCGACGCGGCUCGUCGGAUGCGCGAUUCGCGAGUGCGCACGCCAACCGAAUUGGCUCGACGGCCAACCGUACACACUGGCGGUGUGCAAGUAUUUUCCCAGCGGCAACGUGUUUCGCAUCGGCCAACCGUCGACGGUGUACACCGCCGGCGCGGUGGCCAGCGAGUGCCGUUGGGCGGAUGGCGAGAGCGGUUUGUGCAUUCUGCCGACGACCAAAUAA